UCCCAUUUCUGGCAAUCUCUUUGGACGUCGACGCCAUUGAGCAAAGGCAAUUGAAAGGGUUCUGACCGUGUAAUUGUUUGUGGUACGAAGAAAGGGCGAAUUCAAACAAAACCAAUCAAUGAUAGACAGACAAGUGCCGAUUACGGAAAGACGGAAUGGAUGAUCAAGAAUCAGGAGGACUGGAGAGUUGCCUGGAGAAAUUUUGCUUUCUUUUCUGGUUCUCUUUUUCUAACCAUGCGCUUCAAAAAGGAAAAACAAAAAACAAAAAACAAAAAAGAUGAAGAAUCAAUUCUAGUAGCAGAGAAGUCUACCAGAAAACAAAAUUCUAGUUUGGGAGGAUGAAGACAUCCGUGAAGUUAAUCCCCCUACGUAUAUUAUACCGAAGUACCUGUACAUUGAUGCCCCAGGUUUUACCACGUUAUAUAAGAUCCUUCGUCAAAGAUUAACAAGGGAAAAAGCUCGGCUUUGAGGCUUUUAUUGUCCAAGAUUGUUGACCCAAAUCAUAAAUCAACCCAGAUUAGAAGAUAUUAAUCCUGUGCUAGCGUCAGCACCCGAAAAUGUCAGUGCAAUAGCUUAGAUUUUCUAUCCACAUAUCAAAAGUCUACUUCACUUUCAAGUCUUCCCUACAAAGAUUCGUUUUUCGAGCGGUUUAUUUUCAAUCUACUGUAACUGUAUCCCCCACCGGCAAUAUCAUCCCCCAGCACCACUGGCCGCAGAUAUGUACGCGGCGGAGGCUUUAGGCUGUUUCCUCGCUAGCAGAGAGACCUCUUCAGCAAUGGCAACUCCUAUCUGUAUCACAAAGGCCGCUUUGAUCGGACCUAGUUUUAUUUUCAGUACUCCUAUGAAACCUGGUAGAACUUUGUCCUUUUGCCGCUGCAGUUUGGACUCCAAGUCAGUUGGCGGUGAUGUUUUCUCGGUGACGCCGUCUCACAAGUACGACGUGGACUAUCUUGGACAGAGCACUAAAGGGGAUUUGAACGUCAAGUUCGAGCAUCUUGAGGCUUUUGGAAUUGAUGGCCAUGCCGCAUUGGAAGGUCCAAUUGAGGAAGUUGCCAGAACAGAGGCUAAUGAAGCCGAAGGAUUGCUGAGAAACUUGGGUAUUCCGAGCCCUUCAUCAUCUAGAAAUUCACCUCGUGGAAUAUUUUGUAGCCGCACCUUGAAUCUGCGGUCAAUUAGUGCAAUUGGAUAUGAUAUGGACUACACCUUGAUGCAUUAUAAUGUCAUGGCUUGGGAAGGACGGGCUUAUGACUACUGUCUGGAAAACCUUAAGAAUAUGGGUUUCCCUGUUGAUGGACUUGCAUUUGAUCCAGAACUGGUGAUUAGAGGUCUUGUCAUAGAUAAGGAGAAUGGUAACCUGGUUAAGGCUGAUCGAUUUGGUUACGUUAAGAGAGCUAUGCAUGGGACCAGAAUGUUAUCUAAUAGAGCCCUGAGUGAAAUGUAUGGGAGGGAACUGGUGGACCUGAAGCAGAGCCGAUGGGAGUUUCUCAAUACAUUUUUCUCUGUGUCUGAAGCUGUGGCCUACCUGCAGAUGGUUGACAGAUUGGAUGAUGGGGUUAUUUCACCAGAUCUUGGUCCACUUGAUUACAAAGGUCUUUAUAAGGCUGUUGGGAAAGCUCUGUUCAGGGCACAUGUAGAAGGUCGUCUCAAGAGUGAAAUUAUGUCUAAGCCUGAACAGUUUGUGGAGCCGGAUCCUGAAUUACCUUUGGCACUUUUGGAUCAGAAAGAGGCUGGUAAAAAGCUUCUGCUCAUAACGAACUCAGAUUAUCUUUAUACAGACAAAAUGAUGAGGCAUUCCUUUAAUAGGUUCCUUCCCAAUGAUAUGAGUUGGCGAGACCUAUUUGACAUUGUAAUUGUCUCAGCAAGGAAACCAGAAUUCUUUCAAAUGUCACACCCUAUGUAUGAAGUGGUGACCGGCGAGGGUCUUAUGCGGCCAUGCUUUAAGGCAAAAACUGGGGGUUUAUACUCAGGGGGCAGUGCACAGAUGGUUGAGAAUUCUUUAAAUAUCCAUGGCGAUGAGAUAUUGUAUGUUGGUGACCAUAUUUACACAGAUGUUAGUCAAUCCAAAGUCCAUUUACGUUGGAGAACAGCAUUGAUUUGUCGAGAAUUGGAAGAAGAGUAUAAUGCACUGAUUCAAAGCCAGAGUCAUAGAACAAGGUUGGUGGAGCUUAUAAAUCAGAAGGAAACUGUAGGGGAUCUCUUUAACCAACUUCGGCUUGCUCUGCAAAGGCGGAAUUAUUCACGGCCUGCUCAGACACUAGCUGCAACAAAUUUGGAUGAUGAAGACCUCACUGAAUGCAUGCAAAAGUUGCUUAUUGUUAUGCAAAGGCUGGAUGAUAAAAUUGCUCCAAUGCUGGAGGCAGAUGGGGAGUUCUUCAGUAAAAGGUGGGGUUUCCUAUCUCGCGCCGGUCUGUGGGAUAAAAGCCAUUUGAUGAGACAGAUUGAGAAGUACGCUGAUAUAUACACAUCUAGGGUGUCAAACUUUCUAAAUUAUACACCCUUCAUGUAUUUCCGCUCUCAAGAACAGAACCUUGCUCACGAUUCCUACUCAAACUAUUGCUCUCAUUUUGAUGAGCCAUCUUCAUGAGAGAGAGUGCAAGCAAUGGGAAAGGUAAAUAGAAGAAAUAAAAGUCUGCUGCUGACAAAAGAAGCGGAUGUUUAUUGUAACCGUUUGAUGAUGAUGGUGGUGAUGAUAUCUUACACUUUUUGUUUAUGAGAACUGAUAAUGAUGUCAUAUCUACCAAGGACACCGACGUCACAAGAGUCCUUGCCUUGGAUUAGCGGUGUCACAAUCUGAAGCUUGAAGAAAAAGAAAACAAUGAAACAGCCAUAAAAUGUGUAUCAGGUUGACAGAACAUGUGUGGGGUGUUUAGUUAAUUAAAGUUGUACCUUUUGUGUUCAAAUUAAUUUUAUUCCUGCCAAAUGCCAAUCCUA